CCAUGGCCGUCUCUAGGUGAUUUAGCGCCGCCAGUCUCGAGCAGGUGUCCAACAUGGCGAUCACGGGAAAUGGAUCUCUCACUAUUUCUCUCUCUGUUUUCGUGAUUUCAGCGGCGUUUCUUCUAAAAGGAGCCGCUGAGACCUUGUCAGUUGAAGGUCAAAACCUGGGGACUGAUAAUGUGUCAGUGAUCGAGGGGGAGAUGGCGACCAUCAGCUGCAGGGUGAAGAACAAUGAUGACUCAGUCAUCCAGCUCCUUAACCCCAACAGACAGACCAUCUACUUCAGAGACGUCAGACCCCUGAAGGACAGCCGCUUCCAGCUGGUGAAUUUCUCCGACAAUGAACUGCGGGUGUCUCUGUCCAACGUGUCUCUCUCAGAUGAGGGACGCUAUGUGUGCCAGCUCUACACAGACCCUCCUCAGGAGGCCUACGCAGACAUCACUGUGCUGGUCCCACCAGGCAGUCCAAUCAUGGAUUCCCGAGAGGAUGUGGUCAGUGAGGGGAACGAGACAGAGCUCACCUGUACAGCCAUGGGCAGCAAGCCUGCCGCCUCCAUCAGAUGGAUGAAAGGAGAGCAGGAGCUGACAGGUGAGAUGACGGUGGAUGAGACCUAUGACAGGAUGUUCACGGUCACCAGUCGGCUGAGACUCACUGUGUCCAAGGAGGACGACGGAGAGCCAGUCAGCUGCAUCAUCGACCACCCAGCCGUGAAGGACCUCCGGGCACAGAGAUACCUGGAAGUGCUAUAUCAACCAGAAGUGAAGAUCGUUCAGGCGUUCCCUGAAGGUUUAACGAGAGAGGGAGAGAAUCUAGAGCUGACGUGCAUAGCAAAAGGCAAACCACAGCCCCACCAGAUCAGCUGGCUCAGAGUGGAUGAUGAUGUGCCAUCUCACACCGUGAUCACCGGCUCUGACCUCUUCAUUGAAAACCUCAACAAGUCGUACAACGGCACGUAUCGCUGUGUUGCCUCCAACACCGUGGGAGAUGCCUACGAUGACUAUAUCCUCUUUGUAUACGAUGCUCCUACCACGAUCCCCACACCCACCACCUUGAACCUAGACAACACCCAAGGGACACCUGUCACAGCCCUUUCCUGUCACGUUUGAUCUGGAGGAUGGAGGAGACAUGUCGGUCGCUCGGCACUCUGCUAUCUUAUCAGCAUCGCCAUGCAGCCGUAUCUCAACCUGCCCACACUCACAUCACAGUCACAUUACAAUGCCCUUUACAUCUCCCCCAUCAAAUCACAAUCACAUCCAUCUUUGUAGGUCUGGAAACAUUGACAGAUUUUUUUUUCUCUUUGACUUAUGAUAUGGAUGAAGGACAGUUUAUUUACAGUGUCAGCUGGCCCACCUCUGUACAUACUGUUUAGUGUUGGAUCUUCUACGGUACUAUAUGUAGUUCUUAUUCUUUUCACUUUUGUGGCGGAAGAAGUGUGUUGACUAUUGGGAAGACUUCUUUGUGUAUAAUAUGGUUGUUCAAAUAAACUGAAAAACAAAA